AUGGCAAGCCUACCACACACCACUACUGGCCUUGCCAGCGAGACACCAUCCACCUCCGAAACAGCAACGGGUGGCACCGCGGGCGGCAACCUCGCCCCCAAGGACUCGAACCUUGCAGCAGACGUCUCCAGCACCGAGAGCAAGGUGGGUGUGACGAGCAAUCAGGGCAAGGAUACCACGAGCAAUGCUCCUGGGAGUGCUGAGGCAGCGGCCGAAAAGUUGUAUGAGGAGAGGAUAGAGGAGGAGUAUGCUAAGCGUGAGGGUGGUGCCUGA